AUGAAACACAUCUUCCUGGUCGGCGCCUGCUACGUCGACACGAUUCUUAGCGUCCCCUACUUCCCCGAAGAAGACUCCAAACUCCGCGCCCAAUCCCUCGCCGUCCGCCGCGGAGGCAACUGCCCCAACUCCCUCGAAGUCCUCCACCAACUCCUCCUCCACUCGUCCCUCAAGAACGGGGCGGCCUUAUCAGAUGUGAGGACCCAUCUUGUCAGCUGUCUCCCCGAUAUAUCUUCCACCGCUACGGCGAGGAUCAAGGCGUCAUUCAGGACAAGAGGAACGCCGCAGGGCAAGGAGGAGAAAGAGGCUGAAGGGUAUGAGGAGCUUGUGGAGGGGUGCUUCUUGACUUGUAUUUACAGGGAUGGUGUCGAGGAGCCCGCUAGUAGUUUUAUUGUGAGGAGUUUGGCGACGGGGAGUAGGACUAUUGUGAAUUAUAAUGGGUUGGAGGAGAUGACUUUGGAGGAGUUUAGGGGCGUUGUCGCGGAGUUCGAGGGUGCGGAGAGUUCAUGGUGGCACUUCGAGGGCCGGAUCCCCGAAACCACCCUCCAAUGCAUCCAACACCUCCGGUCCGUCCUACCCAACGCCAAAAUCAGCGUCGAGGUAGAAAAGCCAGGAAGGGAAGGGCUUACGAGCCUAGCCGAGGCAGCCGAUGUCAUCUUUUACUCUCGGAGCUGGGCAGAGGCCCGGGGACAUGGCAAUGCGGCAGCUUGUCUUGAGAAUGAGACACCGCGAACAGCGUCGCUGGCUUUGUGCACUUGGGGAUCUCAGGGAGCGACGGCAUUCACCCCGUCUGACGGGCUACUUGCCGAAUGCCCGGUUGGGACGCCCGCUGAUGGAAGUCAUAUCGAAGUCGUCGACACAGUUGGGGCGGGAGACACGUUCAUCGCCGGGUUUCUUUACGGCCUGACAUGCCACUCCACCGACUGGGACACCGAAGCCAAGCUAAAAUUCGCCGUCGAAUUGGCCACGCUCAAGGUGCAGCGAGAAGGGUUUGGCGGGCUAGGCCGGGAUGCACGGGGAUGCCUGUGA